UCCUCCUUCCCUCCCCCCUCGCCGUUAGGGAGGGUCCGCGCCUCUGCCGCUGCCUUCGCUGCUCUAGCCGUUGCCUUCCCCUCCCCUUUCCCGGUUCUCGGCGCCGGUUUCCCCUUCGGAGGGUGAAUCCGCGAAAGGGCUCACACCCGCUGGGGUUAGCCGCACCAUCGCCGCCGCUUCCUCCGUUGCCGCCACUGCUUCAGCCGCUUGCCCACCCGCGACCGCCCUGAGAGAAGACAUAGGACUCAGUUGCCGUUGAGCCGGAGCCUUGGCCCUCCUGCCGUUGCCGCUACCGCUGCCGCUGUGCGGGGCGGUGCUGAGGCUGAGGCAGCUACCGCGGAGGGUCCUGGAGAAGCGGCCGCGGCCGGGGAAGGGGGAGUCGCGCUUCCAACGAUUAACUGCUGAAGUACUGAUCGAGUUCUGCGUUUCUUCAAUGAGGAACUACAGGCUCAUCUUCUGCCAUAAUCUCAAACAGCCAUAAAUGACAAAAGAAUGCUUGCUCAGUGAGGGUAGCUGGUGCAGAAACCAUUUUUUAAACUUAGGUGUUUAAGUACUCAAAGAAAAGACAGCUUUGAUUUCUGGCUGCAAAAAGAUAUGAGGAAGAGCUCCUCCCCUUCCUUGAGUAACUGCAACUCCGUACUUGCUAACAAAAUAUUUGGAAUUCCACUUGAUGAGCUGCAGCAGGGAGGACAUCCAGACAAUGAGGUUCCAUUCAUAGUUCGCCACGUUGUGGACUAUAUUGAGGAACAUGGAGGUCUGGAGCAAGAAGGACUUUUUCAAGUCAAUGGAAAUGCUGAGACGGUGGAGUGGCUUAGGCAGAGAUAUGACAAUGGAGAAGAUGUGGAUUUGGUUAAGGAAGCAGAUGUUCCCUCAGCUAUUAGUCUUCUUAGGUUUUUCCUUCAAGAACUUCCAGAACCUGUCAUCCCUGGUAGCUUGCAUAUUCACUUGAUGCAACUUUCUCAAGAUUAUAAUAAUGAAGAUGAAUUUGGAAGAAAGUUGAGGUUCCUCUUGCAACAGCUUCCACCUGUUAAUUACAGUUUGUUGAAGUUUCUGUGUAGAUUUUUAGCCAACGUAGCAUCACAUCAUGAAGAAAUUUGGUCUGCAAAUUCUUUGGCUGCUGUCUUCGGUCCAGAUGUCUUCCACAUUUAUACAGAUGUGGAAGAUUUGAAAGAGCAAGAAAUAGUAAGCAGAAUAAUGGCUGGACUUCUGGAAAACUACUAUGAGUACUUUGAGAAUGAAGAGGAAGAUUUUUCAUCUACUAAUGAUUUGAGUUCACUGACUGAACAAAUUAAUGAGCUCUCUGAGGAAGAGGAAGAAGAUGAAAAGCUAGAGCAAUCAGAAGAACUUCCAGAAGAUUGUUCAGAACAAUCUAAAGAAAUGCCAGAGGUGGUACACUUGAGGAUGACUGAGAACAUACUGGAAUCUAAUAGUGUUAAAGCGUCAACAAGUGCUCAUAUAACUCCCAUCAACAUCUUGCCAGCCUCUGCAGACAUUUUAGAAAGAACAAUUAGAGCAGCUGUGGAACAGCACCUUUUUGAUCUGCAGAGCAGCAUAGAUCAUGAUCUAAAGAAUUUACAACAGCAUGGUGUGGGGCAUAAUAAUGAAGCAAAAAAUAUAAAUUGUGAUGGAGAAGGAUCUAAUAACCAGGAUGCUAUUGCUGGUGAUAAUAAUGCUAGUGAGAGUAUCAGAGACUGCUCUGAAACAUUGGCUAGCACAAAUUUAGAAAAUGAAGCAGUUCAGCCUGAUUUUGCUUUUGAGAAUGAAGAAAAUGACCAGUCUUUAGGUAUACUGUUAGAGCCAUGUAUUGAACAUAGUGAUGAUGAAGAUGAAGAAGUUCAGAGAAAUGAGUGUGUGCCUUUUGAUGAUAGUGGCAAAUCUUUACAGUUGACUCUGGAUCCUAGUAGCAAGAUUUGUGAUUUAAAUGCCAACACUGAAUCGGAAGUGCCAGGAGGUGAAAGUGGUGGUGGUGGUCAUGGUGAAGCAGCAUGUUUGCAUAUUCCCCAUUUAGAGCUGAAGAAUGUUUCUGAUGGUGAUAAGUGGGAAGCGUCAUGCCCUAUCACUUUCCCCCUCAUUGAUUUCAAAACAAUGCAUCUGCAGAGAGAUGGGGAGGAGCCAUUUCCUGCUUUUAAGUCUUGGCAGGAGGAUUCUGAAUCUGGAGAAGCUCAACUUUCCCCACAAGCUGGGAGAAUGACUCAUCAUCCUCUUGAAGAAGAUUGUCCACCUGUAUUGUCACAUCGUAGUUUAGAUUUUGGACAAAGCCAGCGGUUCUUGCAUGAUCCAGAAACUAUAGAUUCUUCAUCUAAAGCACUUUCUUUUGCUAGAACUAGAAGAGCAUCCUUUAGUUCAAAAGAUGACAAAAGGGAAGAUAAAACACCAUAUCAGUUGGUCAAGAAACUACAGAAGAAAAUCAGACAAUUUGAAGAGCAAUUUGAAAAAGAAAAAAAUAGUAAGCCUUCCUACAGUGAUAUUGCAGCCAAUCCCAAAGUUUUAAAGUGGAUGACAGAGCUUACUAAACUAAGGAAGCAAAUUAAAGAUGCAAAGCACAAAAGCUCUGAUGGGGAAUUUGUACCUCAAACACGUCCACGCAGUAACACUCUUCCAAAAAGUUUUGGCUCUUCUCUAGACCAUGAGGUUGAAGAGAAUGAAGAUGAAUCUAGGGUCAUACAGAAAGAGAAAAAGCCAACUAAGGAGGCAACACUUGAACUUAUUCUGAAAAGAUUGAAAGAAAAGCGCAUGGAAAGAAGCCUUCCAGAAGACAUUAAAAAAAUGACAAAAGAUCAUUUGGCUGAAGAGAAAACUUCUCUCCAGAAAAGUCUUCUGUACUAUGAAAGUCAACAUGGAAGACCGGUAACGAGAGAAGAGAGACAUAUUGUUAAACCUCUCUAUGAUAGAUACCGGCUUGUGAAGCAGAUGCUGACAAGGGCAAGCAUAACUCCCAUUCUUGGUUCUCCUUCUACCAAGAGACGAGGUCAGAUGUUACAGCCUAUCAUAGAAGGAGAAACAGCCCAUUUUUUUGAAGAAAUUAAGGAAGAAGAAGAAGAUGGUGUUAAUUUGUCUUCUGAGUUAAAUGAUAUCUUGAAAACUGCUACACAAACACAGAAUUUUUCAAGUUCGUUGGAAAAUUCAGAAUCUGAUGUUGAAGAAAGUCAAGAAAAAUUGGCUCUGGACCUCCGUCUGUCAAGUACUCGAGCAGCUUCCAUGCCUGAAUUAUUAGAGCAACUUUGGAAAGCCAGAGCUGAAAAAAAAAAAUUACGCAAAAUAUUACGGGAAUUUGAAGAAGCAUUUUAUCAACAAAAUGGAAGGAAUGCUCAGAAAGAGGAUCGGACUCCAAUGCUUGAGGAGUACAGGGAGUAUAAGAAAAUUAAAGCCAAACUUAGGCUUCUUGAAGUUCUUAUCAGCAAACAAGAUUCUUCAAAAUCCAUAUAAAAACGCUCCUUCAAAACAUCAUAAAAACCAGUUGUAUUCCCUGAAGCUACCAUCGUGUGUACUGGCUGAUGCUUGAGUUCAUUUUUUGUCAUGUGCUAUUCAGAGAAUUUCAUGUGAACUUUAUUGUGGUGCCACUACAAAAAUAUGAUUGAAGGGCAAGUAGGCCUCUUUUAGGGAGCAAAUAAAAUGUUCCAAAUUAACAGGAAGCUAUUCUCUCUACCUUUAGCAAACAUACAAUUUCCUUCAGUGUUUUGUAUUACAGAUAAAUCCUUUUCCCAAAAGACUAUAGAAUUUUAUCUUUUCAACUUUAAAGAACUUUGGAAAUUUACAAGCUUUUUGUUAUUACCAACUUCUUUUUGCAUUACUGAAGAAAAUUUAAGAUGUAGAUCUUCACACCACACUGAACUACUCUAGUUGCCUUUUUCUUACAGAAAAAUUGAGAGAAAAACAUAAAAACGCAUACAUAUGCAACUGUAUUCUGUGUUUUCCUGGAAAACCAAAAUCAAACUGAAAUUCCUUUCUGAGUCCUGCUGUGGAACAGCUUUCUGUUUAAAUCCCACAAAGACAUAUGUCACACAGGUAGUAUGAUAUCAAUCCCUGGAUUUUUUUUUUUUAAAUUCCCCAAGUCAGUGGUCACAGCUCCUGGACGAAGAAAGCAAUGGACAGACCAGAAAGUGACCUUCCUUCAUGUAAUUUUAAAACACAGAAAACAACAUGGAAAACUGAUUCAUUAUCACAUGCUGCCUACAGGACUUGAGUUAACUGUUCAUUUUCUUGGUUAUUGUUUAAUAACUGGUGGUGACAUGAUUUGCCUUCCCCAACUGAUAAUGUAAGAAGCUUAUUACCCAUGUCAGCAUGUGGGAAAUCUGAUGGUGCUUAGACUUGUAUAGUGCCAGCAGAUGCAAACUGGCCUAAAUCAGUAAAAAUGAUUGUUGUUGCUGAAGUAAAUCUGUUUUUAACAAGGGCUAAUAUUACUGCAUUUUAUAUGCACCUUAGGAUGGAUUGGUGGGUUGUGUAAGUCUUAAAAAUUAAAAGAAAAAAUACUACAAUAAUCCAAUAUCUUUCUUUUCCUCCCUCACACCCUCCCCAAAAUUAAUUUCUGUUAUCACAUUGUAUAUGUGUGAUAUAUCUAGGAAACAGAAAGCAGUGGUGUACCCUUGUAAUGUAAGCAGAUGGCUUUUUUCUUUCUGUGCAUGAUUCAGCUUUAAAAAAAAUGUCCUUGAUGCCAUUCUGGUAAUCAUUUUCACUAUGUUGGAUGAUUAUAUUUGCUUGCUUGUGCUAUGAUACAGCAAUCAUUAAAAAGAUUCAGGUCAGGCAAAAUGUAAGUGUUCAUUUUUAACUGGUGCUUUUCAGUAUGGGUAAGUGUAUCAGUUUGACUAGUGCUAUGUUUUGCAUGCAGUGACUUUACAUGCAUGUUUUCUGACAAGUUAAUAUUAACACAUUUCUUCAUCAAAGACCAAAAACUUUUUUUUUGGGGGGGGGGAGGGGGUGUAACAUCAUUAGAAGCUGUGGGAAGCAUGAACUUCAUAGACUUGGAAGGACUUUUAUAUAAACACAGGGUUGAAAAUAGGAUUUAUAGUAUUUCAGAGUUCAUCUGUGUGUGCAAUGCCUCUUGUUUUUGGAAUUGAAUAGUGGACAUAGAGUUUGAGAAUCUGAAAAAAAAAAAGCACUAAAACUAGCCAUGUUCUGAUGGUUUCCCUUUACAUAUAGCAAGGCUAGUCAUAAAGUACCUAGAGAAAUGAAAUUUAAAAACUAAAACCAGGACCAUAUAACACUUUGAUUUGAAUCCAUUGUGCAAUGUACAUUUCAGUUUUUUUCCUAUCAGUCUGCAAACACGGGUGUAUCCAAACAUUGAAACUAAUGUGUACUGUAUAUUGUUGUACAUGAAUGUUUGUUUUAUAUGCCACAUGCAAAAUGUCAAUAUGCACUAUUUAAAUGUUUUAAAUAAUAUAUUCCUCCUUUAUAAUGCUAAAAACUAUAUGAUUCCAAUAUUUUUAUAAGUGAGUGAUCUGACUGGUUCAUUUUAGAAUUAACAGCUGCUUCAUGUUUGUUGUACAGAGUGUUUGGCUGUUCAGUUUAGUAGAUAAGCAUGGCAACAGUUAUGCUCUUAAGUGUUGUGUUCCAUCCUUGUUGGGCAGUAAGUGGUAGAACUAGGCAUUUUGUGAUAAGAGUUUUACUUUGGUACAAGUAAAAACCAUAUAUCUAUAUACCAGCAAUAUAUAGAUAUAUAUUCAUAUUAUAUAUAUUUAUAUGUCCACUAGAUAUAAUUACGUUGCUAUAUCUGGCACUUCACUGUAUAGAUUUUUGUAAUAAAAAAUACCUUAACCUUUA